UUUCAAUCUUGAGAGUAAACCUCUGUGAGGAGUCACUGUCUGCGCGACACAGCCGGGAGACGCAACGAUGGAGAUUUUCUGCGUGUUUUUCUCCGCGCUUUUCGCCUAUGUGGUCGGCGAUGCCAUCCCUCAUCAUGGAAUCCACUGGACAUACAAAGAGGGCGCUUUGGAUCAAAUGCACUGGGCAACCCAGUACCCUGCGUGCGGCGGUAAGAAGCAGUCCCCGAUUGACAUCCAGCGGCGCAACGUUAGGCACAACCCUGACUUGUUACAAUUGGAAUUCAGCGGAUAUGACGCGCAGAAAGGGACUUUUCUCAUGUCCAACAACGGGCACUCCGUUCAAAUCGACCUACCUCCCAGUAUGAAGAUCAUUGAGGGACUCCCGGGAAAGUACACAGCCGUCCAGAUGCACCUGCACUGGGGUGGCUGGGACCUGGAGGCCAGCGGAGCAGAGCACACCAUAGACGGGAUCCGCUACAUGGCAGAGCUGCAUGUGGUCCAUUACAACUCUGACAAGUACAAGAGCUUUACUGAGGCCAGAGAUAAGCCAGACGGGCUUGCUGUCCUCGCCUUUUUCUAUGAAGAUGGCCAUUUUGAGAACACCUACUAUAGUGAUUUUAUUGCAAACUUGAAGAAAAUCAAGUAUGCUGGUCAGUCCAUGAACAUAUCCAACCUUGAUGUCCGCUCAAUGCUCCCCGAGAACCUGAACCACUUCUUCAGAUACCAGGGCUCCCUCACCACUCCGCCCUGCUACGAGAGCAUCCUCUGGACUGUGUUUGAUACGCCCAUUACUCUUUCACACAACCAGAUCAGGAAACUGGAGAGCACACUGAUGGACAUGGACAACAAGACCCUCUGGAAUGAUUACCGCAUUGCUCAGCCUCUCAAUGGGCGUAUUGUGGAGUCUUCUUUCUUGCCGCGCCUCGGGAAAGGAACAUUUUGUCGGCAAGAUGAAAUGGAAUCCAGGCUCCACAAGAUCGAGGGUCUGAUAACAUCCAUUGGAAAGAACAUUCAUUCAGGUGGAUUUCACAGCUCAAGGCCUACCAGACAUGAAACUGGCUCUUUGUUUCCUUUGGUGCUCAACUUUCGGGAGAAAGAUUCUGGCAGUUAUGCUUUGGCCAGCCUCAGCCACCCCAUGGACCUGGACGCCUUCACCGUCUGCAUGCACGUCCUGCCUCAGGUCGAAGGAGUCCACACCGUCAUCUCCUACUCCAGCAACGGCAAUGACAACGAGCUGAUGAUCUCCAUCGGAGAGGACAGGGAUGCGAGAGAAGUCGGCCUCUGGAUUGGCAACGAGUUUGUCAACUUGCCGCACAACUUCAAGCCCAAGGACUGGGUGAACUACUGCAUUACCUGGUCGUCGCACACCGGCGGUGCGGAGCUCUGGAUUAACGGCAUGGUGGGGGAGCAGCGGUACCUCAGAAGGGAUUAUACAAUCAGAUCUGGCGGUGUGUUCCUUCUGGGCAAAGACCAGGAUGGCUUACUGGGAAUCUUCAAUGCUGAUGGCUUUGUGGGGAAGAUGACUGAUGUCAACGUGUGGGACUAUGUGCUGACCACAGCAGAUAUCCGAGACCAAAUGCAAUGCAUGAAUAACAGCAUGGUGGUGGGAAAUGUCUUCAGCUGGGGAAACACCAAACUGAGCAUGUACGGAGGGGUGCAGCUGGACAGUCAGUACAGAUGUUCCUGAUGCUUCUGUUUGUAUGAGCUUCAACAUGCUGCAACAAGCCAGAAUAUCAUCUGUUGAUGUUGGGGAUUUGAUUGAAUUGUUGGUGAAGGGUUCAUGGUAUGUUUUACAAAGAAUAAAAUGCUUUUCAAGGCGCCUACAGACCAAUAUUAAAAACACGUCACAGCUUGAGCCAUGUACUGCAUUCAUAUGUCAUCAAUAAAAGCUUACAAGAGA